CUAUGUUCAGUGUCUCAUUCUGCAAGCCAUACGUAUGCCUUAAGAAUCGACUACCCUCAUUUUAUUCCCAGUGUUGAUCUUCCCUGCCAACCAUGCUGGAAUAUCUGAGCUCACUGUCCACCCAGAUGGAUUACAAAGGGCAGAAACUAUCUGAACAGAUGUUUUAUGGAAUUAUCUUUUUUUUUUUUUCUGCAGUUGUUGGGUACGUGGCUGCACAGUUUGGGUGGACUGUCUACAUAGUUAUAGCUGGAUUUGCUUGCUCAUGUUUGCUGACACUUCCUCUGUGGCCGACCUAUCGCCAACAUCCCAUGAAGUGGUUGCCUGUUCAAGACUUAGGCACAGAAGACAAGAAAUCAGGGGACAGAAAAAUUAAGAGGCGUGCUAAAAAUAAUUGA